UGUUCUUCACCAUCCAUUAUUGUCGGAACAAAAUUCCCGAGGAUCAAUUUCAUCGUUGAACAUUCGAGUAGUUGAUGCAAAAACUCUCGCUUUCCUGCACUUACUGUAUCACAUUUGGACCGUAAUUUGAUUCACAUGCAAUGAUCAUGAACCAUACCAUGGUUAUUUUGAUGUAUUCUUGAUUUUACCAGAGAAUAGUUGUCAAAGAAUGGGCUACCCAAAUGGAGUGGCACCACAAGGGAAUCAGCCUCUUUUCUCAUUUGGAGUUAUCACAGAUGUCCAGUAUGCUGACAUUCCUGAUGGGCGUUCAUUCAUUGGUGUUCCUCGAUAUUACAGAAAUAGCAUUCUCGUGUUGCAGAGGGCAGUACAGAAAUGGAACAAUCACCAGAAUAUCAGUUUCUCACUAAAUCUUGGGGACAUUGUCGAUGGGUAUUGUCCUAAAGAUCAAUCGCUAAAUGCUGUUAGGAAAGUAGCUAAAGAAUUUGAGAACUUCAAUGGUCCUGUGUAUCAUAUGAUUGGCAAUCACUGCCUCUACAAUCUCCCUCGCAGCAAGUUGCUUCCAUUGCUGUCUAUUCCUAGUGUUGAUACAUGUGCUUACUAUGAUUUUUCUCCAAUCCCAGAGUACAGAUUUGUCGUCCUUGAUGGUUACGACAUCAGUGCAGUUGGUUGGCCUCAUGAUCAUCCUCACACAAUUGAAGCCUUAAAGUUACUCGAUGAGAAAAAUCCUAAUGUGGAGAAAAAUAGUCCAAAUGGACUAGUGGAUCUUGAGAGAAGGUUUCUCAAGUUCAAUGGUGCAGUUGGGAAAGAGCAGUUGAAAUGGCUGGAUAACAUACUCCAAGAUGCUACCAAGUCCAAUCAAAAAGUUGUUGUAUGCUGCCAUAUUCCCCUAGAUCCUGGAGCUACAUCGAAAGAAGCACUCUUGUGGAAUUAUGAUGAAGUUAUGGAUGUGAUUCAUAGGUACGAUUGUGUGAAGGCUUGCCUAGGCGGUCAUGAUCAUCAAGGUGGACACUCUGUCGACUCUCAUGGGGUACACCAUCGGGUACUUGAAGCAGCCUUGGAAUGCCCUCCAGGCACUGAUGCAUUCGGAUAUAUAGAUGUUUUUGAAGAUAGGUUAUCACUUAUUGGUACUGACCGGAUGGCAAGCAGUGAAAUGGUUUUCAACCACUAAGCAUGCUAGAUUUUAUCAGCUUGUGGAGGUCAUCCUUCUGAAAUGAAGGUGGAAUUUAUGUUAGCUAAUGUAUUAGAAAGCAUUUUAGCAGUGUUGCUUGAGCGAAAGUGCGUGAACCUAGUAAAGGACCAUGAUGCACUUUUAAGCAUGGUCAAUUUCGGCUAUGUCUGGUACUACUUCUAAGUAACUUGUAUUCAUCUAUGUAACUUUCUGGUUAACUUUAUCCUCAAGAACAUUUGUUGGAAUAUUAGCAAGUAUUCAUCUCUCUAA